AACCUCACUCUAUAACACGCGCUCGUUCUCUCCAACAAGAAAUCGGAAGACACGCAGCCGCCGCCCCACCGCAUCCCAUUUCUUUUGGCCCUGCAUCCCUCGCCGUCGCCGCUGCUGCUUCUCCUCAGUCACGCUGGUGUCUCGCCGCUGCAGCUCUUCUAUUGUAGUCCCCUUCCUCUCGCGACUCUGCUCCUGUCUCGCCGCUGCUUCGGUCUCCCACGGUCACCACUCUGUCUUCCAGAGGCGCGUCGGAACGUCGAUCAUCGCAUUUGCAGCUCCUCGUCGCAUGUCGCUGGUCCGAAGUGAAAGCCUCUCUUCGGCACGUCGCUAGUCCAGAGUCGGUGCAGCUCCUCCUUUGUGGUUUCCAGUUUUCUCCUCCUCGGCAAUCCAGCCAUUUCUAUUUUUGCUCGCUGUAGCUCCUCGAUUGCUGCUUCUCCACAACAGAUUACAGCAAAAGUUGGUAAGGAUAAACGGGUUCGGCGAGUUUGGCCGGAUACGAGAAGGGAAUGGAAAACUCAAGUAUAUUUUCAGUUUAUUGGCCAAAUCAAACAGAACAAAUUCAGUUCUAGUGAAGAGUAUUUUUCUAAUUACAGAAAUGGGUUCCAAGUUACUUUCUUUAAGAAGGCUCUCAAAGCUUCUGAAACCUCACUUUCAAUCUCCUCCUACUUCUUAUGCUUCAACAUUUCCCCAUUCUAGUUAUUUGCUUCUACUUGCUUCUAAAGUUCUCAGUCAACACUCCAACGUUCUCAGUCCUUGCUUUUCUUCAUGUUCAAGAAGCUUCUGCUCUCGCCAUUUGGAUCUCAAUGUGGACUCUCAAGGCCCUGCUACUAUUGAUUACCGUUCUCUUCUGCAGGAAGAUGACUUCCAUAGACUAGCUGAUUCCACAAUCCAUGACCUUCAGGAGAAAUUCGAGGAAUAUUGUGAUAGUGUCCAAAUUGAUGGCCUUGACAUUGAUUAUGGGAAUGAGGUUUUGACUCUCAAGCUUGGGGAUUUAGGUACCUAUGUGUUGAACAAGCAGACACCCAAUAGGCAACUUUGGUUGUCUUCUCCAGUGAGUGGUCCAUCCAGGUUUGAUUGGGAUCUGGACGCUCAAGCAUGGAUUUAUAGGAGGACAAAAGCAAAUUUAUUGAAAAUUUUGGAAAGUGAAUUGGUGCAACUAUGUGGUGAACCUAUCAAACUUGCUUAACUAGUGGCAAAUUCUCUAGUGCACUGCAGAUGUGUUUUUUCUCCAGCAAUCUUUGUAUUAUUGUUAUUUCUAGGAUUCCUUUGGGACAUUUUACAUGUUAAUAAAUGGGGGUUGGUGUUACAAAAUCUUGUUAGCAAACAUGGUAAUGAGUACUACUGAUCUCUAAUAAAUUUACUAAACUUUUCUUGGAUCUUUA